AUCCGCCAAAAUCUCUUCUUCUUCUUCUUCUUUUUCUUAUUUUCCUUUUCAUAUCUGAUAACAGCAAAACACAAACCACCAUGUCUGGUCUGUAUAAUUAUAACUUCUCACCUUCUAGAGCCGCUUCUCCCCAGAUUAGAACCACUUCCUCCGAUGUUGACAGUCAAUACUUAUCUCAAUUGUUAGCAGAGCAUCAAAAGCUUGGACCUUUCAUGCAAGUCUUACCUAUAUGUAGCCGACUCUUAAAUCAAGAAAUUUUCCGGAUCACCGGAAUGAUGCCAAACCAAGGGUUUACCGAUUUUGACAGGUUGCGGCAUCGAAGUCCUAGUCCAAUGGCUUCACCAAAUCUUAUGUCUAAUGCUCCCGGUGCUGGAUUAGGUGGUUGGAAUGGUCUUCCACCAGAGAGAAUAGGUGGUCCUCAUGGAAUGGCAAUGGAGUGGCAAGGUGCGCCUGCUAGCCCAAGUUCAUACCCAGUGAAGCGUAUCUUGCGUUUAGAUCUUCCAGUUGAUACCUAUCCGGAUUUCAAUUUUGUUGGAAGGCUUCUGGGUCCUAGAGGGAAUUCGUUGAAGCGUGUGGAAGCAACUACAGGUUGCCGUGUGUAUAUUAGAGGGAAAGGAUCAAUUAAGGAUCCUGACAAAGAAGAGAAACUGAAAGGGAAGCCUGGCUAUGAGCAUCUCAAUGAGCAGCUGCAUAUCCUCAUUGAGGCUGAUCUUCCUAUUGAUAUUGUGGAUAUAAAGCUGCGGCAGGCCCAAGAAAUUAUUGAGGAGUUGGUCAAGCCCGUGGGUACCAAGAUGGCGGCUAUGGUGGCGAAGCUUCAUUUAUCGGCGAAAUCAGAUCAAAGCAAUGUGCGAUUGCCGAGAGUGAUCAACCUCUCGCGUGAUCCAACCACUAGAGUCUCGUUUCCACGACAUGGAUCAGUUUCUUCACUCCACACAAACUUCUCUUCUCCACAUCUCGGGGUUCCAUGCGCCGGAGGCGGUGAUGGUGGUGGAAGCAUCGGUAAUCACGGCGGUGGAAGCGGAGGAGGAGGUGGUGGUUAUGGAGGUUCAGAAGAGGAAGAAUCUUCUUCAUGGGGACCAAUAGGAAUAUUCAUACAAGGAUGGAGAUCACGAGUUGCAGCAGAUCCUCAAUUCCCUUUCAAGGUACUAAUGGAAGAGCUUGUUGGCGUUAGCGCCAAUGUACUUGGAGACAUGGCCUCACGCCCUAAUUUCGGAUUGAACGAGCUAGAUUUCGUCUUCUCCACACUCGUUGUAGGUUCGAUUCUCAAUUUCACACUCAUGUACCUCUUAGCUCCCUCUGCAGUAUCUCAUGGAUCCUCCAAUUUAUUGCCUGGAAUCUUUAGAAGCUGUCCUUCGAGCCAUAUGUUUGAACAGGGUAGCUUCACUGUUAUGAACCGUUUUGGGACUCUUGUAUACAAAGGAAUGGUUUUUGCGACCGUGGGAUUAGCUGCAGGUCUUGUUGGAACCGCUAUCUCGAACGGGUUGAUCAUGCUGAGGAAGAAGAUGGAUCCGAGCUUCGAAACGCCAAACAAACCGCCACCUACGCUGCUGAAUUCUUUAACUUGGGCUACACAUAUGGGAGUGAGCGCCAAUGUGAGGUACCAAACGUUGAAUGGGGCUGAGUUUUUGCUGGAAAAGUCGUUGCCGCCAUUGGUGUUUAAGACAAGUGUGAUAGUUUUGAGGGUUGUGAACAAUGUUUUGGGAGGAAUGUCGUUUGUUAUAUUGGCGAGGAUGACUGGAUCACAGUCGGUGGAGGAGGAGAAGAAGAAGAUAGAGAUGUCAGAGAUAUCAGAGAAGGAGAAAGAGGAUUGAAUAUCUUUUAGAGUUUUUUUGUUCCUAUGUUGUUUCUGUUGUUCAUAGGUAGAAGGCACAAGAGGCAUCACUUCUUGAGUUGAAACCUUUUACACGUUCUUACAAAAGCAAAAGACAUUUGUUCUGGUGUGUGUGUCCCAUCCUAAUACUUUUAUGUCAUCGGUAGAGCCAAAUUUGUUGUUUUCUGUAUCAACAUAACCAAUCAAAUAAAUUCAAUAACAAGUU